AUGAAACUGCUAGUAACAUCUACUGAGGAUCAUGGAUUUUUCAAAGGAAGAAUAGCCUUGCAUAAAGGAGAUACAAUUUUACAAGAAGGAAUUAAGGUUGCCAAGGAGAUGCUUGAAACUACUAGCGAUAAUUCAGAAAAGAGCAAGGCUUCGCUUGAUCAAUCAAAAAAUGAGAUCACUGUGUCUGUAUGGGAUUUUGCAGGUCAGAGUCUGUACUAUUCAACACAUCAGUUCUUUCUGAAUGAGAGGUCUAUAUAUGUAGUUGUGAUGGACAUGACAAGAAGUUUGAAAGAUGUUUUAAGUAAAUCAGAUGGAAUUGGAAUUUGCUGUGGUUUGGUGGAUAGUUGUACCUAUUUGGAUGUUUUUAAAUUUUGGCUUAAUGCAAUUCACAUGAACAGUGAUUAUCAAUCUGGAGAAAGGACAAUACAGCCAACUGUUAUUUUAGUUGGCACGCGGAAAGACGAAAUGAAGGGGAGUGCUGAAGAAAAAGAGAAAAAUAUGAAUUUGUAUUUUGACAAUGCUUUAUGUAGCUUUGAUAAAAACUCACCAAUCUUUAAUCACAUUUAUAAGAACAGAUUUCUUGUAAAUAAUUUGUCUCCAAAGGAUUCUGCUUUUGCAGAGUUACGAAAAGAAAUUAUAAGUUUGGCUGCAAAGCAAGAUUACUGGGACAAAGAAUAUCCAGUUCGAUGGAUUCACAUGGAACAAACAUUGGACAAAAUGAGAGAUGAAAAGAGGCAGAUAGUUAAAAUGAAGGAUGUUGAAAACGAAGAUCUUGAAAACAUACACCCACUGGGUAAAGAAGAGCUUACCUCGUUUCUUGAAUUGCAGCACAAACAAGGCAAUAUCAUUUUUUUCAACUCGGGCGAACUUAAGGAUUUUGUUGUUCUUGCUCCUCAAUGGAUCAUUGAAGCUUUCAAAUGUUUCAUACCGCAUAAUCAUAAAAUAGAAGCCACUGUUUUGAAAGAUUGGGAAGAAUAUAAAAAAUAUGCUAUUCUCAAGCCAAAUGUUUUGGACGAAGUUAUGAAAAACAGUCCUCCCUAAUUACAUGAAUACCAGCCUGCUGUUAUAAAUUACAUGGAAUAUCUAAAUGUGAUAGCCAAGCCUUUAACAAGUGAAGAGGGUAUCACUGGAAUCCCGUUAGAUUUCUACAUCGUUCCUUGUCUGCUGAGCAGGGCACCGUCGCCACUACAAAUCUUUAUUUCCCCACCUGGUAAACCCCAAACACCAGUUUUAGCUUUUGUGUUUUGCGGAAAGUUUUUGCCCCCCUCUUUCUUCCACAGGCUUGUUGCAGUGUGCAUUCGUGUUUGGCCAAUCAGCCAGGAACGUGACCAAUAUUGUUUAUUCAACGGGUUGGCUAUAUUUACUCUUAAUGAAACAUAUACAUUGAGAAUAUGGUAUAUGGAUUACAUUAUUUAUGCAAGGAUAGUUUGUUGCUCAGAAAACGAGAAGUUAGACAAUUUCAUCUGGCUGUUUCAAGAGGUUCGACGCAAACUUAAGAAACAUUUAAAAUACUUUGUUCAUCAAUCUUCUUCUGUAUUUGAAGAGUGCAUUCAAUGCCCAGACAUGCAGGUGUCCUUGCACAAUAAAGGGUUGUUCAUAGUAAAACAGUUCAAGUACAAAAAAGCUAUGGCUUGUCCAGUUUGUAGUCUGCAUGCUGUGACACGAUCAAAUGUUAUGAAACAUUGGUUCAAAGAGAAGUUAGAUCGAAUCGAAACAGAUGAUGAAUAAUAUGGGAAAAAACUAGUGAUAUAGAUCAUUACAAUCCUAAAAGGUAAGAUUGCCCCUUUUUUCCAUGUCUAGAGAUCAGAGAACAACCGCCACUAGACAGCUUUUAAAAACUGUAAAACAAUCUUGCCCACUAGUGACCAGACCUGUUUGGUGAAGGUCAAUUUGAAUUGAUUGUCGAGUAUUUUGUUUAAUGUGCUCAUAUUGCUUUAAUGUUCAAGUUGGGUGUUAUGUUUACUCUAAUUGUUGCAUGUUACCCUCCAGAUUUGUUAAUUGCAUAUUAGAGUAAAUACAUUAUUUUUGAUAUCACAGUUAUUGUGAAUUCUUUUUAUGAAUUGAGUGAAAAUGUAUGCAAUGUUUCUGAACAUGGUAAUAUAAAUAUCAACACAGAUACAGCAUAUAGUAUUCAUUUAUGUUCUUAAAUCAAGAAUCGCCAUUAAACGUUUUGUCUGUGACAAGUUUAUUUUGCAAACUGUGCUAUAACAUGUUAAACAAGCAAUUUUCCCUUUGUUUUGGCAAUAUCUUUGUGAAAGGUGAUUCAAAUUCCAUAUGUUUAUUAUGACCCCUUCGAAGAAGAGGGGGUAUAUUGUUUUGCAAAUGUCGGUCCGUCCGUUCGUCCGUAUGUCCGUCCACCAGAUGGUUUCCGGAUGAUAACUCAGAUCGCUUAGGCCUAGGAUCAUGAAACUUCAUAGGUACAUUGAUCAUGACUCGCAGAUGGCCCCUAUUGAUUUUGAGGUCACUAAGUCAAAGGUCAAGGUCACGGUGACCCGAAAUAGUAAAAUGGUUUUCGAAUGAUAACUCAAGAACGCUUAUGCUAAGGAUCAUGAAACUUCAUAGGUACAUUAAUCAUGACUCGCAGAUGACCCCUAUUGAUUUUCAGGUCACUAGGUCAAAGGUCAAGGUCACGGUGACCCGAAAUAGUAAAAUGGUUUCCGGAUGAUAACUCAAGAAUGCUUAUGCCUAGGAUCAUGAAACUUCAUAGGUACAUUGAUCAUGAUUCGCAGAUGACCCCUAUUGAUUUUCAGUACACUUGGUCAAAGGUCAAGGUCACGGUGACCCGAAACAGUAAAAUGGUUUCCGGAUAAUAACUCAAGAACGCUUAUGCCUAGGAUCAUGAAAUUUCAUAGGUACAUUGAUCAUGACUCGCAGAUGACCUCUAUUAAUUUUCAGGUCACUAGGUCAAAGGUCAAGGUCAAGGUGACACGAAAUAGUAAAAUGGUUUCUAGAUAAUUACUCAUGAACGCUUAUGCCUAGGAUCAUGAAACUUCAUAGGGACAUUGAUCAUGAUUCGCAGAUGACCCCUAUUUAUUUUCAGGUCACUAGGUGAAAGGUCAAGGUCACGGUGACUUGACACAGUAAAAUGGUUUCCGGAUGAUAACUCAAGAAAGCUUACGCCUAGGACCAUGAAACUUCGUAAGUACUUUGAUCAUGACUCGCAGAUGACCCCUAUUGAUUUUCAGGUCACUAGGUCAAAGGUCAAGGUCACAGUGCCAAAAAAACGUAUUCACACAAUGGCUGCCACUACAACUGACAGCCCAUAUGGGGGGCAUGCAUGUUUUACAAAAAGCCAUUGUUUAUUGUAAAUAUUGCACACAAAUUGUAUCAUUAUUUUUUGAAACUUUUUUUUAAUGAAUUUAUGAUGUUUACUAAAUUAUCCACACCGAAAGUGAAAUUAGAUUCAUAACAUUGAGCGACUAAAUAUUGGUUAAGUUUGAGGAAGAUAAUUAAACCGAGUCAAUAUAGUAUCUAUGUAAUACAGACAAAUAUUGCCAAUUGUAGUACUGGAUAAAAAAAAGAUGACAGGUUUUGUUUACAAAAUGUUUUGACCGGGUUGAGUAGUUAUCAUAUUGUUAAUUUAUUUGCUAAUUAUAAUUAAGUGUGUUUAUUUGUCAAUACCAUGAUGUUCCAAUGAUGAAAGUUUGUCAUUAAGUAUUUCUUUGUGUAUUAUAAUUAAAAUUGUAGGUUACUAGAAUUGAUAAUUAUAAUUUUUGUUUAUUAUAUAAUAUAAUUUACUUAUUUUUGU